GCCUUGGGAAGUGCAUUUGGGCUGGGCUGCUAGCGACUCCUAGCCAGCUGGUGGGUCUGAGCUAGGACAGUGAAAAUGUUCAUUGACAUCCACCCUUCCCAGCAAAUACAUUUACAAUAGAACCAAAAUAAACAGGCUGACUCGGUAGAGGGUGGGAAGUUAGGAGCUGAAGUUUUACAUAGGUGGAAAGAGACAGAGGUGGAGAUACAUUUGAUUUUUUUUUUGUAGGUAGAGAAGGAUUUUGUUUGUUUGGGGGUUGUCUGGGUGGGUGUUCUGUUGUCUUGGGUGGUUUGUAUUUUUUUUUUGGUGGGUGGUUUCCUUUUUUUUUUUCAAAUCUGAAUUUAAAAGGGUCACCACUGAACUCGUGGGUGGACUGAGCACAGCGCCGCAGCCGGAGACGCAGAUGGAUUCGGCAGCCAACAGCUGUAUGAGGGGCCCCCAUUCUCCAGCCCCACUGUGGGGCUGUCUGCGGAGCCCCCAUUCUGAGGUCAGCGGGCCAAUGGCACUGCCCCAUUACCCUCCUGCUCCAUUCUCCUUCCACCAGAAACCAGACUUCCCGACGUACCCAGACUUCUCUGCCUCGUGCCUGGCUGCUGCACCCCAUAGCCUGCCCCGAGAAGAGAGGCUCCUUACUGACCAGCACCCUGCCUUUUCACAAUCCCCUGACUGGCAUUUCCCUGGCUCUGAGGCCCGGAGAAGACUCACCCCAGGCCCAACCUUGAGUUCUGGGGAGGUGGGUGAAAGCAGCCCCGGCCUCAUGGAUGCUGUAGGGAGCCUAGGGGAGGACUAUGGGGUCCCCGGGACCACUGCCAAUGAGACUGAGAAAAAAUCAGCGAAAAGGAAAAAGGAGAACUCAGAAAACCAGGACUGCAGAGGGAAGCCAGAAACCAGCAAAGCUCGCAAGGAGCGGACAGCCUUCACCAAGGAACAGCUGAGGGAACUAGAGGCAGAAUUUGCCCAUCACAACUACCUGACAAGACUCAGGAGAUAUGAAAUUGCUGUGAACCUGGACCUCACUGAGCGCCAGGUCAAAGUGUGGUUCCAAAAUCGAAGGAUGAAAUGGAAGCGGGUGAAAGGAGGGCAGCCUGUUUCCCCCCAGGAGCAAGAUACUGAAGAUGUGGACUCUGCAGCCUCCCUAAGUUCAGAGUGAGUCACUCCAGGAAGAGAGAAAUGGGACUUGGGCCUGUGAUCCCAAACAGCUCUUCCCCCUGCCUGCCCCAUUCUGCAGACUAUACUCCUGACACCCUGAAGGACAUCCCCCAAACUCUUCUCCUCUCUGUGCCUCUUCGAAAGAAGACAAAUAACUCAGCUCUUCUGGAACCUUGAAGCUCCAGAGGAAAAAAAAAUGUUCUGUUUGAUAUAACUCACUGACCCUGUCUACUUAAAAAAACUUAAUGCCGAUCCCAGCUCCCAUCCCUACCCAACCACAAAGCCAUUGGGUGCUUCUGUCAGGAAGCAGCCAUAAAAACUGGAGACUCAAAGCCAAACUGAAAAGGCUUCCUCUCUUCAGCUAAGGUGGCCCUUCUGGGGGGUUUCCUGCAUCCCUGACUGAUCCUCUACCCAAUCCCCAGUCUCUCCUGUUCCCUUUCCCAGCCCCAUCAUGGAGCCAGUGCUCAGGCUUGUGCUUCAUAGGAGAGAUGUUCUCUCCAUCCGGUGGCACAUGUGGUGGACAUAUUGAUGACCUUUCAGAAUGAGAACAAACACAAGAAAAAGACACCUAUUUCCCAGCCCUCACCCCAACCAGUCUGUGCUUAGAGUUCAAGACUUUGGAUCCCCUCCUUUUUUGAUACUUUGAAAUCUUCCAGAAAACAAAUCUACAAGAGGAGGCCAUGGGCAACAAGUUCAUCAUAACUCUUGCUUUUCCCUGUGAUCUGAUAAAGUUUGCUUUACAGGUGUCCGGCCAUGUAACUAACUGACACAUUUCCUUGCUGGAAUAUCACCCUAUGGUCAAAGCCUUGGCCCUAGGAUAGUUGGGAGGGUUGAGGCAGCAUGUUAGGAGAGUGCCAAAAUGUCUCAUUAGGAAUCCUAGAGUUGGGUCACAUGAGACUUGGUACAACCAAAAAGGCCUAUCACAUCUAGUUUAACUAUCACUAAUUCUGUUGAAGAAGAAAAGAGAGAAGGGAGAGAGAACCCCACAACAACCAGGCUGAUGGUAUCAGUGGGCUUCCUCAGUGUAACACUGAGCCUGAAGCCAUGUGGUACAAUGAAAACAAAAACAAACACACUGGUUUUAGUAACAGAGGACCGAGGUUCAAGUCGUACCUCUAACACUUAUCAUUUGUACCUAGUCAAUUCACUUCUAUCCAUGGUCCUCAGUUUCUUCAUCUAUAAAAUCAGGGGAUUGAACUAGGUAGUCUCUGACCCUUUGAAGUACAGAUCUAUGAUGUAGAGAUUUAGCCUUAAUUCAUAACAAACAUCUGAAAAUGUCAAUGGCCUGGGAGUUGGGAUUUAAGUAUUGUAAAUGAGGACCCCAAUAUAAGGAAAGUCAAUAGUAGGGUUGGGUGGCCUAUGAAAAAGGAAAAUUGUCAGGGUUCCAUGUCAUAAUAGAGCUCCAACACUAAACAUUCCAAAUGAAAUGUCCCCCUUUUGUGCUGACAGAGCCUUCUCCACUCUCUUUAAUUAAAUACAACAAACUUUUAUUUAGUACCUACUGUGUACAAGGCACUAUGCUAGGCACUGUGUUCCUAUACAUUGUCUAUAAUAGGGGCAUAGUUCUCACAAUUUGUACCUCCUUCUCAGUGGUGGCAAAAUAAUGCUGAUGGACAGGGAUGUGCCUAGGGGAGCGCUAGUUUAAAGACCAUCUACUCCUGUUGCUCGAUGGUGAAGUGGAUAGUGUGCUAGGCCUAGAAUCAGCAAGACUCAUCUUCCUGAG